AUGGCCACUGACAAGAUCACCUUUUUGACCAACUGGUAUGCUAACAGCCCACUGGAGCAAAGCUUUCAAUAUCUCGAUUGCACGCCACCCCGUACCACGCCCCCCCUCUAUCUCGCCCAGUCUCGCGGCUACUUCAAGGAUGAGGGACUCAAGGUCGCCCUUCUGGAGCCCAACGACCCGUCCGAUGUCACCGAGAUCAUUGGUAGUGGUAAGGUCGACAUGGGUUUCAAAGCGAUGAUCCACACGCUGGCUGCGAAAGCUCGCAACUUCCCGUCUAGCGGCAUCACCCCGGACUUCCGCUCCCUGAAGGGCAAGCGCAUCGGCUACGUCGGCGAGUUCGGCAAGAUCCAGAUCGACGAGCUGACCAAAUACUACGGCAUGACCGCGGACGACUACACCGCCGUUCGCUGUGGCAUGAAUGUCACCAAAGCGAUCAUCCGCGGCGACAUCGACGCGGGUAUCGGUCUCGAGAACGUGCAAAUGGUCGAAUUGGCCGAAUGGCUUGCUGAGCAGGGUCGCCCCCGCUCUGACGUUCAGAUGCUGCGCAUUGACCAGCUCGCCGAGCUAGGCUGCUGCUGCUUCUGCUCGAUCCUGUACAUCGCCAACGACGCAUUUAUCGCCGCCAAUCCGGAGAAGGUGGCCAAGUUCAUGAAGGCUGUUAAGCGGGCCACUGACGAUGUGCUUGCCAACCCCGCCGCUGCGUAUGAGGAGUACAUUGAUGUCAAGCCCAUCAUGGGCACCCCUGUCAACCGCAAGAUCUUCGAGCGCUCGUACGCGUACUUCAGCCGGGACCUGAAGAACGUUCAGCGUGACUGGCAGAAGGUCACCAACUACGGCAAGCGUCUGGGUAUCUUGGACGAGGAUUUCGUCUCCAACUAUACCAACCAGUUCCUUUCUUGGACUUUGGACGCGGACUCGACUGACCCCACGGGUGACCAGAAGCGCAUGGCGCAGCUGCAGGAGAAGGUCGCCGAGGAGGGCGGCUUCAAGCGCCUCGAGGUUAGCUCUGCUGCUUAA